GAUAUCGACACCAUCAUGGACCCAGACAUGCGUGACCUUGUUCAACUUGCAGAGGGCAUUGAAGACGAGGAGCGAGAGACAAGACGGGUGCGCGCAAUUGAAGAAAAAGCGCAGCAGGGAUCAGGACAGGGAAGUGACAAGUGGGUGGAUGAGAUCGCUACACUCACAGAUGAGCAGCGCGAGGAGUUCGAGGCGAAGGUGCGCCCUGUCAAAGUGGCAUUGGUCAAGAUCCGUAAAAUAUCCUUCAAGAUCGUCAACUCCUCCACUAAGUUGCUUCCAGCGUGGCGCGCUGUUGUUGCUGAGCAUAAGCUACCCGAUCGGCUUCUUCCCCGAAACGUUCGUACCCGAUGGAACUCGACUUACGAUAUGCUGAGUGAGGCGCUGGUCUUCCGCAAGCCAAUCGACAAGUUGACUGACGAGGAG